AUGGAGGCGGGCAGUCUGAGCGACAAUGCCGCUCGGGUUGUUCCUGUGGCUCCCCUGACCGGACCCGGUGUAUCAACAUUGACGGAUCCAAACACCGUCUCCAGUCCGGUGACCCCUUCUUUUACGAGCGUAUUCAGCUCAACACCUACCGUUGCUAAUGGCUGGUGGUCCUCAUUCUGGUCUGUAGACUCUACGUCAUGGGAUGGCGAUGGGUUUGGGACCACUGAUUUCGUUCUCACAUUGUAUCCGACCGAUUCAACCACCACUGAUUCUGCCGGGAUGGUGAACCCCCGGCCUUCAACAACAGUCACAGGGACACUGUCUGCAAGUAUUCCAAGUUCUACCUCCGUUGCCCAUGGAUCAGAGUCGCUCACUUCAUCGGGGUCUAUCGUCGUUUCGGCUCUUCCCUCCAACUCCAUGUCACCCGAUGCAUCAGCUGUUGCCGAGUCGUUGUCAUCUGAUAAGACAACCACUACUACGCUCACAACACGAGUUAAGACCACAUUGUAUGUGACAAAUGUCACCACGGCUCCCCGUUUGUCCGCUACGCCAGCAACUUCUAUGCGGAGCUGGAGCGGUUGGACAAUACCCAUCCACAGUUUGAGCCGUUCCUGGCCAGCUUGGUUGAAUUCCACUGCCUCACAAAGCAUCUCGACUGCUCACAAAAGUACCGCGGACUCGCUUUCGACGGCCUCGAGUGCGGCCCCAGAAUCUCUGCCUGAGGUCACAGUCACAGUCUAUGUCACACCACCUUUGCCGACAAGACCGUCAACCGCGACACUUAUCGUGACUGUAUUAGCCACAUCGACGAGGACAACUCUGGAUAGCUGGACUACAGAUUCAGAUGUGGCUCUAACGUCGGGCUCGAUGACCAUCAGUCCCAUCAGCCCCCACACGAGCGCCGUGUCCGUAGCCAGUGUUCAUACGCCGUCAUCCACCUUGUUGCCUGUCCGCAAUGCUACAAUUAGCCCCAAUGUCGAAUCGACUCUCUCUCUUCGGUUGCCCAGCAGAGUGUUCAUGUCGACAGAGACAAACGGGGUGGUCUACUCAUCCAGUGGCUAUAAAUCGGCGAACACCACCCACUACGUCAGCCUUCCGGAGCCCGUAACUACAACUUGCGUUCCGACGACUACAGUGACCUAUUAUAAUGCGCGAGGAAGUCCUACUCAAACCAUUCCCCAGUGUGAAACCGGUAUCGGCCCUGAUGUGACCCCGGGAUUCGGGUCCGCAAGUCUACACGUACAAGUAGACAACACUGCGACACCGCAUUUGACGACAACACCGUCCACUUCGCCACCAAAUGCAAGCCCGUUGCCGACAGCCCCUGCUGCGUUGCCGGUGUCUCCUGAGAACCCUGCUCCCACACGAGUGACCACGAGCCUUGACAGCUCUCUAGCGUGCAGCCUUGUUUUCGGCAAUUCCACGCCGCCAGGCUGCACCUUAUCGCGAGCUAUCACGAGCCACGCUCACGGAAUUGUUCCCGGCAGUGAGACUCCUCCUUCCCGACUAUGGCGAGACGGCAGUGAGCUUGAAAUCGCUGAACGCGUUUCUUCUCGCACUACUGCAGUCAAUCGAGAUCGGGAUGAUCGACCGCGGCGAACUCUGGUUGUUAAUAGGACCUUCCUGAGCGGCAGUGAGCCCGUUGGAGGACAGCGACCAAGCACCACACUGAUCACCGUGCCUCGAUCGAGCUAA